AGUACAAAAGGCUAUUCACUGCAAAAUUAACCCACCUAGAGGGAUGGGAGCACUAGGGUUUUUGAUUAAUCCAUCCACUGAAGGUCUCAGUGGAUUAAAGACUAAAUGUGAGCCGUGCAUUCGUGCACGUGGCAUCUUAUCAUCUGUGCCAGCCCGAAAUCAAUCACACUAGGAGGCUUAGACUGGUGGAUUGAUCAAAACCCUGCCGGGGAGCACGGUAGCAGGGCGAUAACAAGCAACGCUUUUCUCCACAUGUGUCGCCUCGAUGGCUUCACUGCAAAAUUAACCCACCCAAAGGGAUGGGAGCUCGAUAGCAGGGCGACGGCAAGCAACGCUUUGCAAGGUGUGUGGCAUUACGGGCAAGGCGGGGUAGUAGUCCAAUUUUGGCUGAUAAUAUCUUUCUAGAGCAUGACUUCUCUACUCUCUUCCCCGCUUGUUCUAAGCAGCGUGCCUACUCCAUUCCUAGCAAACGCUCUCAACAUUGAUGGCUGAACCAAUCGGCACUGCGCUUGGCGCGCUUGGUUUGGCAGGUCUUCUGUCUGUCUGUCUUGAUUGCUUCAAUCUUAUCGACGAUGCAGUGUCGGUAGGAAGGGACUUUAUGGUAUCGGAGUGCCAAUUCAGCGCUUACCGAAUUCGUCUUUAUGCUUGGGGUAAGGCGUGUGGAUUCCUGGAGAAUGAUGGAUACGACAGAAGACUAGACCAACUUUCUUGGCGACAACAUGUGCAGAAGCAACUAAACUGUAUCUCAUUGCUGUUUUUAGAUGCAGCAAAGCUUAUCAAGCGGUAUGAGCUCAUCGAAAGAUACCAGCAUCAUGCUUAUUGGAUACCACCCAUUGGUAGCUCGGACACUCUUGAAGAAGGAUUAUACGAGUUCAUAAAGAGGCAAAAGCAGACCAAGCGGCAGGCUGGAGUCUGGCGUGCCUUACAGUGGGCUGUAAAAGACAAGAAAGCGUUCCAAGAACUCAACGGACAGUUAAAGGAAUGCAUUGAGGCUUUGGAAUUAGUGUGCAAGAACCUGGAUCUCUUCGAAAUGCAGAAAAGUGCCGUGCAGUAUGAGGUGGACAAUGGCUCAGACAUUAGCGCCCUUUCGAACAUGAUAUCUUCUUCUCGAAUGGUGAAAGAACCAGAUAUAGUAUCCGAGGCAUCUAGUCAACGACUAGCCUUACGAGGUGUUGGCUCGAUCAUAGAGAAAUUAACGUUAUCCGGUCGCUCACCGCACAGAGAGUCGAGUGAUUACACAUUUCACACCGCCGCCAGUAGAUCGGUACUCACACCGUCAGGGCAGAACUCUUCUGAGCUAUCGAGCGAUAACCAAUUUGAACAGACUGCAAUUGCAGAGCUGCAAAAAGAUUAUAUCCUUGGAAAUCUGGUAACCCAACUCAUAUCAGCUGAUCUGGAGAUAUUAACUAUAUUUGUGUCUUUGGAAGCAUCGACUAUCCAAAGAGCAGAUACGGUGUUGAAAAACGUCUCAAAAACACUGCGAUGCCAACCUACAAUUUGCGGAGUACUUCAUGCGGCGAGCAAAUGGAAUUUUCCAAGUUUCGAUUACGGAUUAUUGGAAAAUAUGUUAGCUCGACUUGGUCACCCUUUAGUACAAGCAUCAUCACACUUGGAAUUACCUGCGGGCGGAAUAGUCGAUCAAAUGCAUGCCUUUGCGGAUGCUAUCGAUGCAGAAAUGGUCAAUUUGCGACUGCGUCUCCAUAAUUUGACUCGGAGAGAUGUUACAGCUGAACAGCUAUUCAAUACUUUGGAUGAUUCGUUGGAAAGAGUCUACACAAGUGUCCACCGGGGUGGACGGGAAUCACCAUGGUGCAGCAAUCUUGCUACUGGUCAAUUAUUACUAUCCUCAGUGGUAUCAGAAUUGCACUCAGAACCUACCCAACUUGAUUUGUUUCUGAAAAAUGAAAUUUACGAUGGGUUACGCAUUCUCGGCAUCACAUUAAGCAGCGAGAGACAAAUAAUCACCAAGAUCCCUGGAUCUUCCGAGCAUACAGGAGGGAUGUUAGCAUCUUUAGAGGCGCCACAUCUCCGCCAUCCUCAAGCCCCAUCGACCAGUCGUGAUUUCUUCGCCUAUUUAUUAUCAACUAUUGAUUACUCCGUUUUGUCAGACCACCGCCAUUAUUAUGGGAUCAUAAUAAAACUGCUCAAUCUGAUAACAAUUACAGUUGUUUGGUCAGGCAUAAGUGCACGCCUUGUAGAGAGGCGAAAAGAGGUAGAAAGGGGGACUUUGGAAGCCAAAGCCAAAUUUGUUCGAGAUGUUAAUCCCUUCAGCCUCACUCCGAAACUGGACGACUCCGGAUGGGGAAAUCGAUUGGCGAAACUUCAGCCAGCAGUCAACUUCAACCAGCUGAUUCCAAGCUCACACAGGUACAUAAAAAGGAUAUACGGGGACCUCAAGGGCGUCAAUGAACAUCGGUUCAUGACUGUUCUAUCUAUAGGCCAGUCCGCACUUCAGCCUAUCAUGGUCGCAUUUGAGGGCAGCCCUCAGAGUCCUUAUAAAAAGGGGAUUUUUCAUCUCGAAAUCGUCCUCGGGGCAGAUUAUCCAAGAGUCCCACCCAAUUUGCGGCUUCUCACAAAGAUCUAUCAUCCAAAUAUUGGCACUACUGGGAAGAUGUGUCUCUCUUACUUAGAACCGUCUGGGUGGCCAGCUGCACUUCCCAUGUGGGCACUUGUCCUAUCGAUUAUUGCUCUUAUGGAUCAGCCCGACAUCGGCGAUCCGCUUGUUCCGGAGAUUGCCGCUAUUUAUCUAAGGGAUAUUCACCAAUAUUAUAAGAAUGCACAAAUGUAUACUGAGAAGUAUGCUAAGCUGGAUCAACUAUUUUCAUACGGUUAGUUUGGAGACGGGAUAACCAAUCCUUACACCAAUCCAUAGAUUUUCCGUCGAACUUUUUGAAUUUGGUUAUAAUCAAUAACAAUUAAACUUGGACAACAUGGUACAAAGAAAAACUAGAUGCUACUGUAUAUAUGACAAUAUAAGACAGCUUAGUUGCUUAACUUCGAAC